CGCUCGGCUAAUCUCGUUGAUCACCGGCUGCAGCUGAGCUUCAUGUCGAACGCACCUAUUACCUCAGAAGACCAGCGUGAUCAGACGUGGCCUUGUUCAGAGGACACAUUACAUGCCUGAUGGAGGGAACACAUCAUCAUGUCAAAACUCAAUCAUUGAAAAGAAAAGACAAAAGAUGUGUCACCUGCACUCAGUGUGGAAAAAGUCUGACAAACAAACAGAGCCUCAAAAAUCACAUGCGGAUCCACACUGGAGAGAGACCAUUCACAUGCACUCAGUGUGGGAAGAGUUUCAACGUAUUAUCAACCCUUAAUGGACACAUGUUGAUCCACACUGGAGAGAAACCAUUCACAUGUGAUCAAUGCAGCAAAACAUUUACGAUGGCUUCAUUGCUGAAGAGACACCUUCAAGUUCAUAAAGAGGAAAAUCCUUAUUCAUGCUCAAAAUGUGGAAAGGGCUUCAAAAUUCAAUCAAAUUUGAGAAAACAUAAGAAGAUCCACACCGGUGUGAAAGAGUACAUGUGCUUUGAGUGUAAGAAGACCUUUAUGACAGCCGAAGAAUUAAAAUUACAUAACAGGACUCACACUGGAGAGAAACCGUACAUGUGUUCACACUGCAGCAAGACAUUCAGUAUAUUACGAAACCUGAAAACACAUGAGUGGAUUCACACCGGAGAGAAACCGUACAAGUGUUCACACUGCGACAGGAGAUUCAGGCAGUUAGCAGACCUCCAAUCACAUGAGAGGACACACACUGGGGAGAAACCGUACAUGUGUUCACAUUGUGACAAGAGAUUCAAUCGGUCUAGCAAUCUGAAAGCACACGAGAGGACUCACACUAGAGAGAAACCUUACAAGUGUUCACACUGCGACAAGGGAUUCAUGAAGUCAGCAUCUCUGAAAAAACACAAGAGGAUUCACACUUGAGAAAAACUCGAGCGAAAACUCGAGACUACAAGCGAUUAUUGCUGCAAAACGUUUAUUUCAACUUAAACCCUGAAGGUCCACCUUAGAAUCAAAGGAGAAGCUUUAUUCAUUAUCUUUGUUGACCAGAGAUUUACAAAGGAGUCAAGUUGAAAAGCAACAACUUUUAAAGAUCCAGACUGCACUGCAAAAAAUGCUUGUCUUGCUUAGAUGUUUUAACUUGUUUCUAGUCUAAAUAUCUAAAAUUUCUUAUAUCAAGAAGCAUUUUCUAGACAAGCAAAACACAUUGGCUGCGUCCGA